CAUGGACCAUUUUGAACAAGUGUAACCAAAUAUCCGGGAAAAGUGGUGUGUUUUAUUUAAAUCCGUGAAAAAAGCUUUUAACAAUGUCGUGCGGGGCGGAAUGCCUCUCCCUGGGCCCACCGCCCGACUCUAUCAUGCACAUGCCACCGCCGCCGCUGCCGGCUUUCCUGGCCAACAUCGCGAACCUGACGCCUCCAUGUCGCGCUUCCAAGUGCCCGCCGCCUCACAACACUGAAGAGAACGCGCUCUUCCCCGGCGUCGAGUAUCACGAGCUGCCGAGACAUGAGCCCGCUGCCACAGAUGACACGUGGUUUCUGGUCCUCAUCACAUGCUGCAUCGCUGUGUUGUGCAUCGCUGCUCUUCUGGCGCUGUUUUUACUCAAAUGCCGAGAGUAUGACCUUUUCAAAGCUCGCGGUGGAUGCAAGAGUGGCACAGGCAAAGCCAGCGGUUCCAACGCUUUAUAUGGAAGCGCUGCAUUGGACUCCAGGGUUCUUUGGGCAGCCCUAACUCCUCGGGGUACUCGGCACUUCGUCGCCGACACCUACCCUCACGAUGAAACUGAAGACCAUCACUACGAGUGUGUAGAACCACCACUCUACAAAUUGGGACCACCAGAUGAUCUAGCGAUCACUCGACAUUUUAACGUAGAAUACGAAGACCCCGCUCCACUUAUCGAAAGCUACUCUGAUAGAACUGAAGAAUACUUCAGAAAUGGAAUGGAUACGUUGCGUCGAGGAAAUCGUCCUCUAGUCUCCUCUCCGACUAGAAUCGAACGACCCAAUUUACCCCCGCUAAACCUCCAGCCGAGGACUCUCCGAAGAGCUCCUCAUUCCCGCCGAGUCAGCGAUGCCAAUAACCCGGAGAAGUCGGCUAUCUGAACCGAAAAUGGCGCGGUAUUUUCCGUCGCCGAUUCAACCGAUAUCGAUUACGAGUGGUCAAUAAACGACUCCAACGUCGACCGGCUCGUUUGAGGACCAGUACACACCCACAGAAUAACACCCUUCUUUUUGCGUUGGGAGUUAAAAAGUACAAUAAUUACUAGUAAUAUUCAAAUUCACGUGGAAUAAAUCAUAAUGACAAAGUUUACUACCCAACCCUAUCGUCAAAAAUCAUGACGAGAUCAAUGAUCAAGAUUUUGCGCUUUCAAAAGUACAAAGAACAAAACUCAUUUAGACUGUUCUGUUCUGAUGAGUUUUGUAUUGUGGGUAUUUCGUUGAUAAUAGCAAACUCAUUAAUAAUAUAAGUAUAUCAGUAAUAAUAUAAGUCAGCAACUUUUGAAUUUUUUGUUACAAUCUUAAAAAUACCAUUCAGUGAGAAACGUUAUUGUCGUUGAUUUUAUAUUACUUAAAAUUAAUAUUCUACAUACUGCAUGAAGAAAAAUAGUGUUGUAUCAAAGUACAUAAAUAAGACGUGUCUAUUAGUUAUUUAUAAUUAAGUAUAGCUAGUAGUAAUUAAAAUAAUAUUAUGUAAUACACGUGCUAUUUUCAUCCGGAUCAUAAUUUUGCAAAAACCAAAUAGCAGUAGGUACAAACUCAAGGUUAGUAUGAGAAUACAUUAAGAUAAAAAUUAUGCCUACUUACUCAUAGGUAAGUAGAUAAUUAUUUGAUGAACUUCAUUCAAAAUAAUCGAUAUAAGUAGUUACCCAUCUAGUCUAAACGAAAAACUGGGCGGUUACAAAAAAGCUGCAUCAUUGUUAUAGUCUCAAUAGUGAUUGGCUGAAUUUCUUACAGCAACAACAUUUGUGAACCUUUUCAACCUUGUUUCAAUUUGAGUUAGAAUAAUUUUUAGCUUUAGUGAGCCGUCGUUGAUUACAAUCGUCAAACUGUAACAGCCAGUAUAACAGCCAACCCCAAACUCGGCAAACUACGACGCCAGGCUGAUAGGCGCCACGGACUUUCGACUGUUAAAUACCUACGUUUUAUUAAUAAUUAUUUUUAAGUAUUUUUCCAGAAAUUUUGCAGAAAUUUUUCUCUGUUGUUAAGUAUUUUAAUGUAAUUUAUUCACAUUAUUUUAUUAUCUGCAAAGUGCAAUGCUCUAGCUAUAGAUCUAAUGUUAUUUUCUAGUCAUGAAUUAGUUUUAAAUAAUCUACUUGUGUGUGUUAGAAUUGUAUUCAAUCUAAAUAAUUUUUAAAGUCAGGCACAUUUUACUUACCUGUAGCUUUCCUGUUAAUAUAUACUAAGUAUCUAUACAUAAAAAAAUAUUUGAGCGCAACCGUAAAUACAUAAUAAUAAUAAUUUUAAGUCUAAUACAAAACCUGCAAUCAAAAGUUUUAUACGUCUUAAUUAAUAUUAAAUAAAUUAUUUGGCGAAUAA